AUGGACAGCAGCGGGGAGCUGCGGGGCCUCCCCAGCAGGGAGGAGGAGGCCUCGGAGGGCCUGGAGGGGGCCUCGGAGGGCCUGGAGGAGGGGGAGGUGGAGGGGGAGACGCUGCUGAUCGUGGAGUCGGAGGACCAGGCGUCCGUGGACCUCUCCCACGACCAGAGCGGAGACUCGCUCAACAGCGACAUCGGGGACGAGGCCGAGACCAGCUGGAACGAGGACAUGUCCUUCUACUGCGACAAGUGCCACAAGUGGACCCCCACCGCCCAGCUCCGCGGGGAGCAGCCCAGCUACCUGAAAGGAGACAACUUCUUCAAAUUCACCUGCUACGACUGCUCUGAGGAUGGCAAGGAGACCUUCGAGCGCAUGAGACUCACCUGGCAACAGGUGGUGAUGUUGGCCAUGUACAACCUGUCCCUGGAGGGUACUGGUCGCCAGGGUUACUUCCGGUGGAAAGAGGACAUCUGUGCCUUCAUCGGCCGACACUGGGCCUUCCUCCUGGGAUCCAGGAAGAAGACGUCCACCUGGUGGAGCACGGUGGCGGGAUGCCUGUCGGUGGGGAGCCCCACGUUUUUCCGCUCCGGGGCUCAGGAGUUCGGGGAGCCCGGCUGGUGGAAGCUGGUGCAGAACCGCCCCCCCACCCUGCGGCCCGAGGGGGACAAGAGCUCCAUCACCUCCCUGAAGAACAAAGGCCCCUCGAAGGCGGCGCUGGACCCCAUCAUCACGGUGGAGGGCCUGCGUAAGCGGGGGGGGCGUAACCCUGCGGAGAGCGCCAUGCAGCUGAAGGAGAAGCGCUCGCGCACGCAGGAGGCCAAGGAGAUCCGGAGGGCCCAGCGGGAGGCGGCGGACCGCAGCGCCUCCUCCACUCCCGUGAAGCUGUGUGGGCGCGGCCGCCGGCCCGACCUCCUGCUGGAGCGCGGCGAGGUCAUCGACUUCUCCUCCCUCAGCUCCUCAGACCGCACCCCGCUCACCAGCCCCUCACCCUCCCCCUCGCCCGACUUCUCUGCCCCCGGGACCCCCGCCUCCCACUCCGCCACCCCCAGCCUGCUGUCCGAGGCCGACCUCAUCCCCGACGUCAUGCCCCCGCAGGCCCUGUUCCACGACGAUGAGGAGCUGGAGGGGGAGGGGGAGGGGGUGAUUGACCCGGGCAUCGAGUACAUCCCUCCUCCCAGCAUGCCCCUGGCCACCGGCGCCCUGAUCGUGCGCAAGAAGCUCCGCCCCCAGCACAUUAAGCAGGAAGUGGAGAGUGAGGGGGAGGGGCUGGGGGGCGGGGCCGAGGAUGAGGGGCCAGAUGGGGGCGUGGCCAUGGGUGGCAGGGGGCGGGGCGAGCGGAAGAAGGCCCCUCAGGAUAAGGGGGAGGGGCCUGCGGCCGGCUCCGCCCCCCGCUACGCCCCGCUCAGCCUGUACGAGGAGCGGCUGCUGCUGCGGAGGCUGGGGGCGUGUCCCCAGGCGCUGUCCGUCACGCCGCAGGCCCAGCGGCUGCACAGGAAGCUGCAGGUGCGGCAGGCCAAGCGUGAGCGGGGGCUCCCCCUGCUGGACCUGGACGGCGCCGUCAGCGCCGCGCUCAGCCUGGUGGGGGGCGUGUACGGAGCGCAGGGGGCGGCGCUCAGCCGCCAGGGCCCCGCGGGGGGCGGGGCUUACCGCACCACCAGCCAGGACCUGCGCAUCCUCGACCGCUUCCAGACGGCGGUGUCCAGCAGGAAGGGGUACCUCCAGGCCUCGGUGUCGUUCUGCCACAGGCUGAUGGGCUCUGACGCCAGCAUCGAUCAGGGCAUCCGCAGCCCCUACACCUCCCGCAUACUGAAGCCCUUCAUACGGCGGGACUACGAGAGCCGGCCCCUGAAGCUGAAUCUGCUGGCAGAGAUCCGGGGCCACGCCCACCGGAACAACCCCAGCUGGGCCCCCGAACCCGAGGCCCCCAUCGACUACUGCUACGUGCGCCCCAACCACAUCCCCUCCGUCAACGCCAUGUGCCACGAGAUCUUCUGGCCAGGUGUGGACCUGUCAGAGUGCCUGCAGUACCCAGACUUCAGCGUGGUGGUUCUGUAUAAGAAGGUGGUGAUUGGGUUCGGGUUCAUGGUCCCGGAUGUGAAGUACAACGAGGCGUACAUCUCCUUCCUGCUGGUGCACCCGGAGUGGAGGAGGGCUGGCAUCGCCACCUUCAUGAUCUACCACCUCAUACAGACCUGUAUGGGUAAAGAUGUCACCCUCCACGUCUCGGCCAGUAACCCAGCCAUGCUGCUGUACCAGAAGUUUGGCUUUAAGACGGAGGAGUACGUGCUGGAUUUCUACGAUAAGUACUACCCGGUGGAGAGCAAGGAGUGCCGGCACGCCUUCUUCCUACGGCUGAGACGCUAAGGGAGCGCCGGGCAGCCAUGUUUAAAAACGACGACUACAGUUAUGAGUGAAUCAUUCCUGUGCACCUGAACGAGAGCAUCCUGACUGCGCUCUGUACACACGAGCUGGAACAACAACCAUCGCUGCAGUCUGACCAAUCACUGAGCAGCGUCUCAUCCCUCAGAAAGUCUAUUGCGUUGACUGACAGGUGUGUACGGUGGUGAGACACUCUGGAGUGGAGGGCGUUCAUCGUUGUUUUUUCAGCUCUUGGUGGAAACAGACCUUAUCUGAAUUGCGCGGUCGGAAUUGGUCAGUUUGUGAUGCCAGAUCAGGUCAAAGGAACAUCUGUAUGACUGUGUUUGACUGUGUUUGACUGUGUGUGACUGUGUGUGACUGUGUGUGUGUGUGUGUGUGUGUGUGUGUGUGUGUGUGUGUGUGUGUGUGUGUGUGUGUGUUUGUGUGUGUUUGUGUGUGUUUGUGUGUGUGUGUGGUUGUGGUUAGAUUGAACAGUCCCUGAUGUGUAGUUUGCAGGACAAUAGUAUCAACCAGAAGGCGACCAUGUUUUUUUUGUUUUGAUUGUUUUGUCUAAGAUGGAGGCCAAAGGGAUUUGUAGUUUUUUUGUUAAACAUAAGUCCAAUAUUCCAGCGUAAUACUGAGUCUCGAUCUGGCCCACACCUGGCUAAGUUUCCUCAUUUGAAGGAUUUGAUUAUUGAUGAUUAUUUUGUAAAUUCUCAUAAUACUGUACAAUCCUGUAGCCCGUGUGCUAUUUUUCCUAUUAAACUAUUUACAAAAUGUAA